AUGCUAAGUCAAUUGAUGCACCACAGCGAGGGAUCCUAUGUACGAUCAUUUCAAAAAUUCUUCAUGAACCUUCCGCUUGCAUGUUUAGUUGGACGUGAUAUUCUUGCAGUGCAUGGAGGCAUUAGUCCAAAACUACGGUCACUGCAGGUAUGUUACUCCGAAGGACCGCAAUUACCUAUGAAAAUGUGA